UCCCGAGAGAAAAGAAAAGCGAAGGGCCUGUCUUCCUCCUUCUCUCCUCCCUCUCCCCUUCCCAGGAGAGGAUGUGCUGGGUUGGGGGGGGGCAGCCCUGGCUCUCCCAAGACCUGGCAUGUGGGGGCCACAUGCUGGGUCCCCCAGAGAGCCUAAUGCUCAUUCUUGGGUCGGGCUUCCAGUCUGUAGGUGCUGCGCUGUCCUGAGGCCUGGGCCAUGGUGCACAAGGAAAGCCCCUGAAGCUCUCCAGGAGGAAUAAGCAUGCCGGGCAUCCCUGGAGGAGAGACGCGCCCUGGACCGUCCCCCGUGGACAGGCAGAUUCUCCUGAUCUUCAGCUUUACCCUGGCAGUGGCUUUGGGCCAAAUGAAUUUCACAGGGGACCAGGUUCUUCGAGUCCUGGCCAGAGAUGAGAAGCAGCUUUCACUUCUCAGGGAUCUGGAGGUCCUGAAGCCCCAGAAGGUGGACUUCUGGCGUGGCCCUGCCAGACCCAGCCUCCCUGUGGAUAUGAGAGUUCCAUUCUCUGAACUGAAAGACAUCAAAGCUUAUCUGGAGUCCCAUGGCCUCGCUUACAGCAUCAUGAUAAAGGACAUCCAGGUGCUGCUGGAUGAAGAAAGAGAGGCCAUGGCAAAAUCCCGCCGGCUGGAGCGCAGCACCAGCAGCUUCAGUUACUCCGCAUACCACAACCUGGAGGAAAUAUAUAGCUGGAUUGACAACUUUGUAAUGGAGCAUUCUGAUAUUGUCUCAAAAAUUCACAUUGGCAACAGCUUUGAAAACCGGACCAUUCUUGUCCUGAAGUUCAGCACUGGAGGUUCUCGGCACCCAGCCAUCUGGAUUGACACUGGAAUUCACUCCCGGGAGUGGAUCACCCACGCCACCGGCAUCUGGACUGCCAAUCAGAUUGUCAGUGAUUAUGGCAAAGACCCCAUCCUGACAGACAUACUGAAGGCCAUGGACAUCUUCAUAGAGCUGGUCACAAACCCUGAUGGGUUUGCUUUUACCCACAGCAUGAACCGCUUAUGGCGGAAGAACAAGUCCAUCAGACCUGGAACCUUCUGCAUUGGCGUGGAUCUCAACCGGAAUUGGAAGUCAGGCUUUGGAGGAAAUGGUUCUAACAGCAACCCCUGCUCAGAGACUUAUCACGGGCCCUUUCCCCAGUCAGAGCCGGAGGUGGCUGCCAUAGUGAACUUCAUCACAGCCCAUGGCAACUUCAAGGCUCUGAUCUCCAUCCACAGCUACUCUCAGAUGCUCAUGUACCCUUAUGGCCGAUCGCUGGAGCCCGUUUCAAAUCAGAGGGAGCUGUACAAUCUUGCCAAGGAUGCGGUGAAGGCCUUGUAUGAGGUCCACGGGACCGAGUACAUUUUUGGCAGCAUCAGCACCACCCUCUAUGUGGCCAGUGGGAUCACUGUCGACUGGGCCUAUGACAGUGGCAUCAAAUACGCCUUCAGCUUUGAGCUCCGGGACACUGGGCACUAUGGCUUCCUGCUGCCGGCCACACAGAUCAUCCCCACAGCUGAGGAGACAUGGAUGGCGAUUCGGACCAUCAUGGAGCACACCCUGACUCAUGCCUACUAGCAGCACGACCGGGGCAGAGAGGAGGCUCCAUCCUUCUCCCCAAGGUCUGCGGCUCCUCCCGAAAGCCAUGUUAUGUGCCCCCGUCCCCUGUGCCCUCAUCUGGAUCUCUUAGAAAAUAAAUACAAGUUUGAACAGGCUUCACUGCCUCUCGUGUUGGCUACAACCCCUAUGGGCUCAGCACUGACCAGGGGAUGGGAGGACUGCUUCUCAUUCGCCAGGGGAGGCUGAAAUGCGGGGGAAGCCUCUUCACUCCCAUGCUGCCUUCAGGAAAAUUAGGGUGUAGAGGCUGAAUCUUUUCUCCUCUUGCAGUGUUCUCAGAGCCUGAAACAGAGAAGUCAGCCUGGGAGCUACUCAGGCACACAGCAUCCCAGCAUAUUUACAUUUUAAGAUGGCCUCGGAGGGGACAGUGUUUGCUCUGAAGGAGAGCAUUUCUGAUGGAAAGGUGGGCCCAAACAGGCAGCCUUCACCUCGGUCUGCUUUAUUUUCCAUGUGGGGAGGAAGCAGGGGCACAUUUCACAGGUGGCCAGUCACCCCUCAACCCAACACGAAGUUAUUGGCUUGUGACCUGCUCCCCUGAGGUGUCCUCAAAGGUCCCUUGGUCUUGGGAACACAGGGUCAGAGCCAGUCGGAGCCAGCACAGCAAAGCACCACGUAUCCAGGAAGAAGAGCUUCUCCUCAUCCUUGUCAUCACCGACACCAUCCUGGUUGUCAUCUCUGAGCAGGGUUGAGCAGGCACUUUCCCAAGAGAGUUCAAGGGGCACUCUUGUGAGAUAUGAAUGAAGUGCCUUCCCUCAGCCCCAGGCUUCCCUGUACCUUUCACCUCUUCAUUCCGCCUGCUGCCUUCUGGGAAAUGGUGGGACAGGCAGGCUGUACUGGGCAGCAGUGAUAUCGGGGCUGUUUGCUCUGCUCUCAGGAAGGCUGAUACCCCCUAGAAACAGGAAGGGCCAAAUGAGGUUGUGUAAGUGUGAGGCAGAAACAUUAGUCUUGAGAGCAAGACUUGCAUUUGCAAGAGCCAGGCUAGUGUGUGUGUGUGUGUGUAAAACUGGAUGGCCACGAGCUGACACCUGGAGGAUACAGAGGCAGGGAAGAAAACAGAGUGAAACCAAAAUAUUUGUGUAGAAGGCAUAAAAGUUAGAAUCACAGACUCCACUGGGUAAAGGUAUGACUUGCCUUAUUUAUCUCUCGCUUAUAUUAACUUAGCCUCUCUUUCCAUUCAACCUGUGAAGGGAGACAGUGCUUGGGCCAGUUGAUAGAAGAAGGGGAUGGGAGUUGAUUAAAACCCCAAGUGAGGCUCAUAUACAAGAUGGCGUCUAAGCAGCAAAUGACUGAUGGCUGAACAAGGGAACAAGACGGAGGAUUAGAGGCAGCCACAGGGGCCGAGCAUGUCUCAGCGGUGCAGCUGUGUAGAACUCUGAACAAAGAAACAAGGUUGGCAGGUGAGGAGGCCUAGGAUAGAGGCCAGAAGGCCAAGCCUGGGGCUGUGCAGACAGCCGCCAUGGUGGCACAGGGGGCACUGGCUAGGCAUGCAGAUGCCCAGGGCCAGCUGUGCCACACAGAAGCCCAGAGGAAGUGAGGGUAAUUAACCCCUGAAGAACCCAGGUCAUCUUCAGGGGAACAGCCACAGCAGCAGAGGAGGAGAAAAUCUUGAUUCUGGCUGAAGUUUCCCACAAGAGACUUUUUUUUUUUUUUUUUUUUUUUUAAGCUGGAAUUGGUCUGAGUGAGCUAGAAUUUCCAACCCCAAGUUUUGUGCUGCCAGUGGAAAUUCGAGGUCAUGGGCUAACUUAAUAUAAGCUAGAGGUAAAUAAAGCAAGUUAUACCUUUG